AUGCUGAGAAGCCGGGGCCGCUGCGCCCUCGGGCCGGGCCGGAGCAGGAGCCGGAGCCGCUGGCUACCCGCGCUCUGCUGUUUGUUGGGCGCCGUGCGGGCGGCGGCGGGGGCCGGGGCCGGGGCCGGGGCCAGGGAAGAGGCGGCGGCGGCGGGGCCAGGGGCGGCCCACGAGGCGCCCUUUGCGGGCCAGAGCUGGUUAAAGUCUUACGGCUAUCUGCUUCCCUACGAUGCCCGGGUGCCCACGAUGCCCUCAGGGAAGGCCUUGCAGUCAGCGGUCACCACUAUGCAGCAGUUUUAUGGGAUUCCUGUCACAGGAGUGUUGGAUCAGACGACAAUCGAGUGGAUGAAGAAACCUCGCUGCGGUGUCCCCGAUCACCCCCACCUAAGCCGCCGGCGCAGGAACAAGCGCUAUGCACUGACGGGGCAGAAGUGGAGGCAGAAACACAUCACAUACAGCAUUCACAACUACACCCCCAAAGUAGGCGAGCUGGACACACGGAAAGCCAUCCGCCAGGCCUUUGACGUUUGGCAGAAGGUCACUCCACUGACGUUUGAGGAAGUUCCCUACCACGAGAUUAAAAGUGACCGCAAGGAAGCAGACAUCAUGAUUUUCUUUGCCUCUGGUUUCCAUGGGGACAGCUCCCCCUUUGAUGGCGAAGGGGGAUUCCUAGCCCAUGCCUACUUCCCAGGCCCUGGGAUUGGUGGAGACACUCACUUUGACUCUGAUGAGCCGUGGACACUGGGGAACGCCAACCAUGAUGAUCCACAUUCCCUCUCUCUGAUCUUCGCUCCUCCCCACAUUGAGAAAGGCCGGGAUUACUGGAAGUUUGAUAACCAGAAGCUGAGUGUGGAACCUGGUUACCCCCGCUCCAUCCUGCGGGACUGGAUGGGUUGUAACCAGAAGGAGGUGGAGAGAAGGAAGGAGCGGCGCAGGCCCCAGGACGACGUGGACAUCAUGGUUACCAUAGAUGAUGUGCCUGGUUCAGUGAAUGCUGUGGCCGUCAUCAUCCCCUGUACCCUAUCCCUCUGCAUCCUUGUCCUUGUCUACACCAUAUUCCAGUUUAAGAACAAGGGGGCACGACAGCAGGUCACCUACUACAAACGGCCAGUCCAAGAGUGGGUAUGACCAGCACGUCCUUGCCCCGCCAGCCGGGGCAUCCUUGCCAGGGCCUGAGACAGGGCAGGGACCUCACUCCCAGGACCCAGAGGAGCAGGGGGGCGCCACAAGGGCCCGGACCAAGAGCCACAAGCAAUAGGUUUGCAACUGCAGCCUAAAGCUUGGCCCUUGGAAUCCACCUGGUAAGAGAGGAGUGGGAGAAGUCAGCCAGAGGUAAUCCCCAAGCACCUACCCCCACUUGGACCCAAAGCUCCCUUUUUAAAAUGCCUUUGAUCCAAAGGGAAAGGCAAAAGAUAGCUUUCGCUGAGGAGAGCUCUGUGGGGGGAGAAGGCCUCUGCUCUUGUUGCCUCAUAGCUGUCCCUCAUUCCCAGGGGCUGGAACCCCAAUUAUCAGGGGCCUCUCCUGGGAUUCCCAAAGGCCCUCUGAGCACAGUUCAUCCGGGAGAAACCAGCAUUUGCUCCCUGACAGCUGCCUGGGCCGGUCAUUCCUCUUCUGAGGGACCUGACUCCAGGUGUCCCUGGGUAUGGCAGGAUCCCAUGAUCUUAGGGUGAGGAUCAUGGCCUGGGGCAGGAUCAGCUGCUUGCCUCCUCCCUUGUGCUGCAAACCUGGGCACUGUCUGGCUACCGACUCCCAACACCUGCUGGUCAGAUGUUUGUAACUGAUCAUGGAUCACAGAGCCUGUGUGGCUAUGGAGGAAAGGCUGUCUGUGGGCAAGGAAGGUGUUUUUGUGACCACCCCCCACACCCAAGCAGCUUCCUCAGAAAACCGAAGUUUCCCCUGGGCCAAUGAGAGGCAGGGGCCUCGUGCUCAGGGGAAGCCUGUGGUUCAGCCUCAUCUCUGCUGGACUUUGCUCUCAUGUCACGAAUAUUUAAAUGUCCCAUUACUAUUGUUUUAAUCCCCAUUUGACAGAAGUGAUUCCCUGAGGACUCGGGAAGCUGUCUGUUCAUCUGACUCCAAUGUACACCAGUGUAAGAGCCUCUACCCCAGAGCACCAAAGCCAAGGCCCCACUAAGAUGAGGGAAGCCAGGUAGUAUCUUGGUGCCCUAGGAGAACAGGGAUGGAUCAAGAGUGAGGGGAUGAGCUUCUUUGGGGGCCCAGGAACCUUUGGAUAUUAACCACUGGAGCCCCUUGGGACUCUGGCCACAGGGGUGGGAAGCUAGGCUAGUAGCCCCAGCUCACUCCUUGCUAAGAAUCUAGGGCCAUAGUGGAGACAUUGAAGGCCAAGAACCAGAAAGAUACCUAGCCUUGGAUGGUUGGAGAGAGGUUAGAUCCCCAGAAUUGAGAGAUUUUUUGAACUCCCAUCCUCAGUCCCAUUGCUAAACCCUUCCCACUUUUACUUCCAGUGUGGUCCCUAUCUAGUGAUAGGCCCCAGCCCCAUCCACUUCUCACUUCCUUUCCAUUUCCCACUGCCAGAAGAGGCAACUGGUAUAGCAGUAGAAAGAGCAUUGGAUUUGAAGUCAUGAAGUCAAGAGAGCCUGGGUUUGAAUCCUGACUCCGCUACUUUCUUACUAUGUGACUUAGGUAAGGCCACUUCUCAUCUCGGCCUGUUUCCUCAACUAUAAAAUGAGAGGGUUGAUCUUGAUGAGCCUGUGAUCCUCCAGCACUCCCAUGCAGAUCCCCAUCCCUUCCCUACUCCUGACCCUAUGCAGUUCCCCUUCUGUUCUUGGUCCUGGGCCAUGCCUAGAGUUGGGGUGGAAGGGAGCACUUAGAGCUACUGCACUGCCACUCCCCAGCUAUUCCAGUGAUUCCCCUGCCGCAGGGCCCUUGUCUCCUCAGUCAUCCCAAUGAUUCUCCCAUCCAAGAGCCCUGCCCCACUCCCCUCCCAGCCAUCCCCAAGGGACUGCCUGCAACUCCAGGCUUCAUUGAAGUUAGUCAGGAUAGGUCCAAGGUAGACAGAAGUCCAUUAGGCAGAAAGAUCCAAGGGACUUUCAGCUUCCUGUCUGUCCUCAAGACACGUUCUGUGCCUGAGCCCGAGCCCAUUUCCUUUUUGCUUCCUUCUCGGAACUCUGACAACGGGCAUGCCUCUGCUUUCAGGCCAGAAUGCCCAGUUUGGGAUAAACCAGCCCCUGAAAAGCUGGAUUUGUAGAACAGAUAGACUUGUAGACAAGUCUUUACUUUGUAAAAGGGAGUUCCCUAGGAUUGCAACAUCUCCUAGUGCAUUUAAAAUGAGAUUCUGGGAAUUCAAGUUACACACAGCUUUUCCAGACACAAAGGGAUUGUGGAUCUUAGAGCUGGAAGGGAUCUAAGAGGUUGUGUUCGAUUUUCUCAUGGUAAAUCGAGGUUCAGAGAAGGGUCACCUAGUGAAGCAGGGCACAUCUAAAUAUCAAGUGCAAAAUACGAACUUUUCCACUAGGAUUUCCACUUUCCAGGUGGUUUUUAUAGCUGGUCUCAGUGACCUCUCUGCCCAGCCAUUCAUACCUCUUCUUAGUACCUAUCCACUUUUCCUGGGCUGGACACCCUCUCUCCUUUCCCUAAUGCCCUUUGUGGUCUCUCCACAGUGUCCUUCAUUGGUAGAGCUGAAAUUUAGGCUCCUCAGACAGCCUGCAUUGGGUCUCUCUCCAGGGCAAUCAGGUUCCUUUCUCUCCAUUACAAAUAUAAGGUAUUGUAUCAUCAGCAUUUUAGCACCAAGGCUAUGUAACCUGUGAACUUGGCCUCCCUUGCGCCAAGCCAACACAAAGCCUUGUUUCUACUUCUCCUGGCACAGAUAUGCCCAGAGCCAUAACUUGGUAUCCUAACACCUGGGGCAAAUUUAAUUAAGAAGGGUGGAGAGGAGUGGCACAGGCUGUACCCAGGAUAAACAAUCUGACUUCCUGUACAGGGCUGCUUUGGAGGGAGGCGGCCCAUUUCCUCUCCAGACCUCUACUGAACCAUGACCCAUGACUCUCAUUCCUCCUUUGGGAGAAGCACCAGGUCAGUGGAUUGCUUCAAGGUAUAGGCAUGGAGAUUUCCUGACUAUUGUAAGGAGGAUGUGAGAUUCCCUUCCACUUUCUCCCCUGCCCCCUCUCCACAUCAACGUUUUGGUACAAAGCCAUGGCUGCCCUAGGUAUUGAUAUCUGGAGACUCAGGAGCCUAAAGAGACUGGGGCUGCCCUCCCCAUACGUCCACAUCUCCAAUGUGAAAUCCUUGUAGAAUCCUUGCUUGUGGGUGAGGACAGGGCAGGUAUUUCUGGUUCUUCCUUCAUUAACUACCAUCUAGUAGGUGGGAGGCUCCUCCCCUAGUGGCCCUAGGACUCUGUCCUCAAGCUUGUUCUAGUCAGCAUUUUUGUCCCCGACUUUAACAAAAGUAUGGCUAACUAAUGCCUUUCAAAACUGUGCUGACACAAAGCCAGGAAAAAUAGCUAAUACACUGAAUGACAGCAUCUGGAAAAAUCCUGGCAGACUAGAAAGACAGGUGAAAUGUACAAUUCUGAAAUUUAGUGGCAAAUGCAAAAUCCUCCACUUGGUUAAAAAAAUACACACACACACACAUAUAUUUGCUGUACAAGUAUAGAAAAAAUAUUUGGGAGUUUUAUUGAACUGCACACUCAAGAAGUCUGUAGCAUGUCCAUUAUAACCUAAAAAACAAAUGGUAUCCCAGACUGCAUUCAGAAAAGCCUAUCUUUCCAAACAAGGGCACUGACAGUCCCACUGGUUAGAUCACAUCUGGGGCAGUGUGUGCUGUUCUGGACUCCAUAUUUUAGAAAGAAUAUUGAGAAACUGGAGAGUUGCAAGUGGAGGUCAGACAGGAAGAUGAAGGAACUGGAGGUCUCGAUGAGGUUGUUGAGCCUGGAACUGAGAUCACUGCAUCCAAGUAUUUGAAGAGCAAUCUUGUGGGGGAAGAGUCUGUUCCCCUUGGCCCUACAGAGCAGAACUCAGCCCCGAUUGUUGCAGGGACAUCGAUUUCAGUUCAGCCUAAAAACUUCCUGUCUCAGCUGCCCAAAUAAUGGGAUGAGCUACCCCUUAGUAGGGAGUGAAUUUCUUGUUACGAAGAAUGUUCAGGCAAAGGCUGGAUGACUUCUUGUCAGAGAGGUCACAGAGGCGGUUCCUGGAUCAAACAGAAAGUUAGGCUAGAUGCUCCCCUGAGUUCCUUCCAGCUCAGGGUUUCUACACCAAGUCAGUAAUUUGCUAAGUCUAUAAAACUCUUUAUGAAAGGGUCACCCAGAACCCUCCUGGGCCGGGAGGUGGAGGCAGGACACAGAAGUCUCCUGGGAUCCUGCCAGGCCAACUAAAUGGAGCACCCACUGGGCUGUUUACUCUAAUGGUUCCCUCCUGUGUUUGUGCAUCUUCUUCCUUCUGUGGUCACAUCGUAAACUCUGGAGACUUAUUUAUGUUGGAAGAGGAAGAUGAUUCCUUGCUGGUGCCGUAGGUUGAGACGCUGGCCUCUGCCGUGGCUUGGGCAUUCUCCCAAAUGAACUUCCCAAGGCACCGAUACUCUCCUCUUGUUCUCAUCCUCAAGUCUUGCCAAGAGCCAGCUCCCUGAGGUGGGGGGGCAUCUGGCAUCAGAGACAUAAUCUUUGUGUUGAUACAGUAUUUUAUACUUUUCAAGGCACUUUAUUAGGUGACAUCUAUUGGCCUAUUUGAAACUCACAAGGGUCCUGUUAAGCUGGCUGGGCAAAUAACAUUACCCUCUUUUGACAGAGGAGACAAUGAGGCCCAGAAACAGGGUAUGGCUUGGUAGGGUCAUGCAAGUUAGUGGUGGACUACAAUUGAGUGGUCUUUCUGUCACACCAUGCCCCAAAUUGUGAUGACUGCUGUGCAAGGCCUGACUCAGAGGGGUCCUUGGGUAUCUUCCACCACUUCUGACCAAUAGCGAUGCAGAGAAUGAAGCCACACCACUGUGCCCCACUACUCACAACUUAUCCCUGCCUGGGUCCUCUUGUCACUACUCCUGAGAUCACAUCAUGGACCAUGCUUUGUGAGGGCCUUGAGCAGUCCAGCUCAGCCUCUCCUCCACUCAUCUCAUCUUGGUUCCUCCUGGCUCAUUUUCUUCCCUCUUCCUCUCCAAUGCCUGGAUCCAUACUAGGGUCUUGGGUCUCUACUCUGACCUCCUGAAAACCCUUAAUCCUGUGUGGUCCCCUCUGGGAUCCUCCUGAGCCCUGAAGAUACUGGGGUAUAACUGAGGAAGGGAACAGAGGAAGAGGCCCUAGGGGCAGAGGAAGGGGCAGGCCUCACUGGAGUGGGGGGCAGAGUUUGAGUUGGCCCCUGUCCUGACCC